AUCAGACUGCUCUUCCUCGUCACUAACACAGCAGCAACGCCCACAAUAGCCACCAUGUCGAGGCCGACCGUUACCGUCAUCUCCGCCAAGGGCGAGGCCACCAAGGACACCGUCACCGUCCCCAAUGUCUUCAAGGCACCCAUCCGCCCGGAUAUCGUCCAUGCGGUCCACACUGGCAUGAACAAGAACCGCCGCCAGCCAUACGCUGUCUCCGAGAAGGCGGGUCAUCAGACUUCUGCUGAGUCCUGGGGUACUGGUCGCGCUGUGGCCCGUAUUCCCCGUGUCUCUGGUGGAGGAACUCACCGCGCCGGUCAGGCUGCGUUCGGUAACAUGUGCCGCUCCGGUCGCAUGUUCGCUCCCACCAAGGUCUGGCGCAAGUGGCACCAGAAGAUCAACCUAAACCAGAAGCGCUUCGCUACCGCCUCUGCCCUCGCUGCGUCAGGAAGCCCUGCUCUCCUCCUCGCCCGUGGCCACCAGAUCAGCACCGUCCCCGAGGUCCCGCUCGUCAUCUCCUCGACCGCUUUCGCUGAUGCCGCUAUCAAGAAGACCUCCGCUGCCAUCGCUCUACUCAAGGCUGUCGGUGCCGGUGCUGAUGUCGAGAAGGCCAAGAACUCGCGCAAGCUCCGCGCUGGUAAAGGUAAGCUUCGUGGCCGCCGCCACAAGCAGCGUCGUGGUCCCCUUGUCAUCUACAACCCCGAUGAGGAUGGCAAGGACCUCGUCCUUGCUUUCCGCAACAUCCCCGGCGUUGAGACCUCGUCCGUCUACUCGCUCAACCUCCUCCAGCUCGCUCCUGGUGGCCAUCUCGGUCGCUUCAUCGUCUGGACCUCCUCCGCAUUCGGUGCCCUGGACACCAUCUACGGCUCCACCACCGAGCCCUCAGCGCUGAAGAAGGACUUCCUCCUCCCCUCCACCAUCAUGAGCCAGCCCGACCUCAGCAAGAUCAUCAACUCAAGCGAUGUUCAGAAGGUCCUCCGCCCCGUCCGCGGCGGUGCCGUCUCCAAGCGCGGCGUAGUACAGAAGAAGAACCCGCUCAAGAACUUCCAGGUCCAGCUCCGUCUCAACCCUUACGCUGCUGCCUUUGCAAAGGAGAAGUUGGGCUCGAAGAAGCUCGAGCAGGGCAAGCCUGAGACCUCUGCCGAUUCUUUCUACCAGCUGCUCGACGAGUAGAUGGUGCUUGAAUUUGAUGAUUUCCUAAGGUGUCUUUCUUCCGGGAUGGAAUGGAUGGAUUACGUGGGUGCAAAGUCAUGAUAGAUGGCUAUUAUGAUGUAGCUGUCUGAACAAAAUACCUCAUGAGAAGGUUUCUACUUCUUCACAUAUCUGUCUGAGAUGCAUGGUGAUGUGAUCAUUGUCAACAUGCCACCUUGGUGCAACUUACAGGGCACGCUUAACCUGCAGCUUUCUUAGCCAUUUCCAGCGCCCGUUUCUUACUAGCUUGAUCCCUCUGCAUUGCUACACAACCCAAAUCUAUUGUUCCUUGG